CGCCUGCCAGACCCCUCAUUAUCUACCAGGUGGUUAGCAGAGCGCCCCGCCGGCCAGGGAGAGGCGGGAGGUGGGCAUGGUCCCCUCGGAGCCCUCUGGGCGUCGGCGAUCCUCGAGGAGUUUCCGGGGCUCGGGUUCCGCGACCAUCCCGGGCAGGAGCGCGGAAGCGAGUGGGCGGUGAGAGGCGGAGCCAGGGACGCGGGGGGCGUGGACGCGGGGGGCUGGGGAAGGGCCCCAAGUUAAUGAGGCGAGCUCGGGCUGCCGAGCGGCUUUCGGAGCUGGGCUUUCCCCCGCGCUGCGGGCGCCAGGAGCCGCCUUUUCCGCUGGGUGUCACUCGGGGGUGGGGAGGAUGGCCCAUUCAAAAGCGCCGCGAGGAGGCCGGCCGGGUGCCCUUCGGUGAGCGCUCGCAGGAAGACGACAGCGGCCCGGCGACUCCGGGCGCUCGGACCUGGUGGCGCAUCAGGACGCGGCUACCCCCCUGUCCGGACCCGGCGCUGCCGCCACCGCCGCUCUGCCUCCUGCGUUUUAGCCUCGUUUGCGCGCUCCGGGCCGGCGGCCGCGGGAGUCGCUGGGGCGAGGACGGCGCGCGGCUGCUGCUGCUGCCCCCGGCCCGGGCCGCUGGAAGUGGAGAGACCGAGGCGAGCGGCGGGACCCCUUAUGCCGGGAGGAUGCUGGAGAGCAGCGGCUGCAAGGCUCUGAAGGAGGGCGUGCUGGAGAAACGGAGCGACGGGUUGCUGCAGCUCUGGAAGAAAAAGUGCUGCAUCCUCACCGAGGAAGGGCUGCUGCUCAUCCCGCCGAAGCAGCUUCAACAGCAGCAGCAACAGCCCGGGCAGGGGCCAGCUGAGCCGUCCCAGCCCGGAGGCCCGGCGGUGGCCGGCCUGGAGCCGCCGGUCAAGCUCAAGGAAUUGCACUUUUCCAACAUGAAGACAGUGGACUGCGUGGAGCGCAAGGGCAAGUAUAUGUACUUCACCGUGGUGAUGGCCGAGGGGAAGGAGAUCGACUUUCGGUGCCCGCAGGACCAGGGCUGGAACGCGGAGAUCACGCUACAGAUGGUGCAGUACAAGAAUCGCCAGGCCAUCCUGGCGGUCAAGUCCACGCGGCAGAAGCAGCAACAUCUGGUCCAGCAGCAGCCCCAGCAGCCGCAGCUCCAGCCCCAGCCCCAGUCGCAGCCUCAGCUCCAACCCCUGUCCCAACCCCAGCCUCAGCCUCAGCCCCAGCCCCAGCCCCAGCCCCAGCCCCAGCCCCAGCCCAAGCCUCAGCCGCUCCACCCGUACGCGCAUCCUCAUCCUCAUCCACAUCCACACUCGCACCCGCACCCGCACCCACACGCGCACCCGCACCAACUACCGCACCCGCACCCGCACCCGCACCCGCAGCCAGUCUCGCAGCCGCACGGGCACCGGCUUCUGCGAAGCACCUCCAACUCGGCCUAAAGGGGGCAGCACCAGGGCCCGACGAGGUUUUGAGUACUUGAGCAAGUGGGACAAGCACAUUUCUGUUGUCUUCAUUUGGAUGGAAAACCAAAAGCCUCCCCGCCCGCCGCAGAUCAAGUAGUUUGGACAUCACCGGCUAAUAACUGGCGAUUCCUCUUAGUUUCCCGCAUUCUCUUCAUCCCGGUGCAGAAAAACAGUUGCGAACCCAGAAGACUUUAUUUAUGAACCUCUGAAAGGACUUCCCAGUAUGGUGGACCUCCUAGGAGCGAUGAUGUACUGUAAUUUUAUUUUAAUGUAUUUUGAUUUAUAUUUAUUAGUUUUUGUAAAUGCUUGUUCUAAGACAUUUCUGAAUGUAGGCCAAUUUUCCAAAAAGAUCUUUUCAAGAGCCAAUUCCCUAAUUAAUAAGUUCUGAUCUUGGAAAAACAAACAAACAAACAAACAAAAAAACUUCAAGGGCGGUGGUGAGGAAAACGUUAAGAAUCCGUUCAUUAUUCCUAGGGCGGUUUCAGAAGGUCUGACACUCAUUGUUAUGCCAGGCGGUUGGAAUUAAAUUCUGUGAUGUUACUUCUUUUUUUUCCUGGAGAUUUUUUUUUCUUAGACAUAUAUUUUGUGUAGAAUAGAAAUUCAAAGAAGCUAAGUGUUCGGAAUUGUGUAGUUUGAAAUUUGAUUGUUUUUCUAAUGGGAAAUUAGUAGUUAUGAAACCUGAUUGAAAAUAUUUUAAUCAUAGCCCAACUGAUGACAGGAUGAUCUUAUCGUGAAAAUAUAGUAAGGCCAGUUUAACUGUAGGAAAAGCCUUGCUUUAUAACACCUAUGUCUGAAAGGCACGGUAAGAAUAUUUCUUUGAUUUCUGAGUAUGAAUGCAUUAGGUAUUUCAUUUCAAAAAACAGGAGGGGGUGCGUGGUGGGAGAGAAUCAUAAGAUUUAUUUGAGGGAAUAAAUAUGCUGUUAUCUACACUAGAGAUUACCCUUCUUCAAGAGCUUUGCACACUCCCUUUGAGCCAUGUUUUCUGACCCUUUUACUUUGUUCUAGAAGCAUACUCUAGAAUCUCAUAAUUUUAGCUAUAAUUUGUCAAUAUUUCAAGGAACUAGGAGUCAUAACUUUUUGGUUUUGUACAGAUAAUAACAUUCAUCAGAGAACCAACCGUUAUGCCUUUUAUAGCUCUGUAAAAAAUUGAGGGGUGUAGGUUUUGUUGUUAGGUUAGCUAAACCAGAAAUUGAAAAAGGAAGGACAAGAUAAACACUGGAUUUUCACUAAGAAAACAAACCUAGUCUUGUUUUAGCUGGUUCAGGAGUCUGGAGGGGGGGGUGGAGGGGGUGAGGAGAGGAUGUGCUUUUAAAGGUAGAACAAAACCUCUUCUGUGUUUAAAUCAAUGGAUGGUCAAAAUCCACAAGGCCAGAUGCUACUUCAGUUUAAAAGAGACCUAAAUGAUAGCAGAUUCUCUAGAGACUAAAAACUACUUCCUAUUUUCUUUCAUGGGUUUCCUAAUGGGGUCUCUGUUUAGUUUUCACUAUCUUUCUCAUAGUCUUGAUCAGUAUUUUUUCAGCUCCCAAAUUGGAAUGGUUGCAUUCGUCCUCUGCUAAGUUAUGUAGUCAAGAAAUGAAAAUACAAUUUUGUUCUAGAGAUCUGUUUAUUCUCUUAGUCUACAAAGGAGUCCCAAGGUCAAAUUAUAUUUUAACAUAAUAUUUAAGUGAUAAAAAAUAUCGAGAUUAUAACUCAUCCAAAAAUUUGUGAGGGAAAGCCUGUAUCUGCUGACUCUUUAAGUUGCAAUGAGCAUGGGCUGCAGAUUUUAAAAAUACGUAUAUGUGGUAUAUAUGAUAUAUAUGUACUACAUAUACUACAUAAAUAGAUGAUGGGCUGCUCAGAGAGCCAGAUCUAAAGCAUUCUUAAGUAAACAUUUCAGCCUCUUUGGAAUGACUGCUGUGCUUUUCAAUAAUGGCUCAUUAUAUUGUAGUAGUAAUACACGCUAAUCAAAUAACCUCAUUUCCCCCCAGAUGAACAAGAUUUUCUUUCAAAUUCUUACACUACUACCCUAACCUUUCAAAUUCAUGCCAAAGAUUUUAAGUUAAAAAAAAAAAAAAAAAAAAAAACGGUGGGGAGGUUGACAUCCUGCAAUACUUCAGGUUCUAUGUGGAAAUGGAGGUCGAAUUUAAGGUCUUGUACUUUACCAUUCGAGUCACAUUCCUGCCUCCUUCCCCACCCCCAUACUUUUAAAAUGAAGACAGGUAUUUUAAAAUGCAUUUUGAUUAUAUUAUCUUACAUGUAGGUCAGGUAGUAUCAUAGAAAAACAAAAUGCUUGGCUCCCACUCCCUACUGACAAACUGCUAAGAUUUUAUUCUUCCCUAAUGGCUGUAAUUGUGAAUGGGUCACCAGAAUCCUGGUCUCGUCUUUCCGCAGUUCUCAUUCCUUGGUGCUGUGAUAUCUAUGUUGGUUGGCCUUCUUAGUAACACUCUAGACUAAACCCCUCUUAAAUCUGUGACACAUCAGAAAGUAAAAAGAGAAGUAGUAUAGUUUGACACUUAAAUUUUUGUGAUGAUUUGAUAAUCUUUCCAGGGCAACAACAAACAUACUUAACAAAGCUCUACAGAGUAUGAAUGCAAGUUAUCUUAUAUGUCUGUUCUAUUCGUCUGUAAGAAAAGAAUGGGGAUCACUGAAGGUACUUGGAGACCUGACAAAUUACUUUCAUGGAGUUAGGGCAAAAUACUUCUUUCAGCCUAAAACAAGGAAAAGAGAAAGAGCAUGUUCAAUAGAAAACCCACCCUCUAAGUAAACAUAAAAUGCAAAAAGUUGGGAAAUUCAAAGGAUCGUCCCAUCUGGAAACUGAACUUUGUCCUUGAACUUGUUGGCUCUGAGCCUAGGAUACAGUUGAAUGACUAUUUGUUAGGACAGAUGAAUGAAAGAAGGAAAAAUUGUGUGACUCCCCAGCACUCAGGAGGUGGGUUCUCUUACUGCACAGUGCUUCCUUUACGCCCUUUCAUGUGGUUCUUUGAAAACAACCAGUGCUGGGUCAGGCUAAGCGGCAUGACGAAGCUCCUUAGACAUACUUUCUUAGCGGAAAUCCACAUAGAUCUGAUCUGUAUGUGCCCUACGGGGAAGGCUGAGGUCAGAGACUAAAUGGCUAGAAAGGACAAAUGAACAUUUGUCUCAUAGAGGAAGUUGAGAUUCUCUCAUCAUAGAGAAAUCAAGCUGAUGUUAUCAUUCCAGUUCACAUCUUCCCUCCCUCUUCCCCCCACCCCCAUGGAAGCUAAAAAAAAAUUUAUUGCUUGUAGGUGAGAUGUAAACAUUAUACUGAGAUGUAAACAUUGUUUGGGAACUCUGACAAAUUGAAAGACUUGUGUAAACUUUCUUCUUUAUCCCAUGUACUGCUUGAUUGCUCGCAUAAAGGCCCCUCAUUUAAAAUUUGACGCUAACAAUUUGCCACUGUGUAAAUUCAAACAUAUCACCUGUUUUCUGUCUCCAGUGAAGGUGACUCAAGUUUGGCCUGGCAACAGUGUUCACAAUGUCACAUUAAAUGACAGAUGUAGAAGAGGGGGUCUAAGAAAGUUCAAACGGGGCUAUCCCAUAGAAUUCAGAACUUCAUUAGGAUGACGACAGGCCUCAUUCUUCUCUCUUUAUUUUGUGAGUGUCAAAUGAUGUGACUUUUGCUUUAUCAGUCAAAUGCCUUCAGUAGAAAAAUACUAAAAAUUGGAACUUGUAGAGUUGGACAUGAAUUCUGUUAGUGAAUUCUCUCAAGAAAACUGCACCUACUUACCUACGUAGACUCAGAUGUUUUAGUUGUGGUUUUGUGUUAGAUGCAUUUUUAAGAACUAUUUUCUAAAUGUUUGCUCUUUUGAAGGAUGGAUCUGCAGUAUUGAGAAGUCAGUUCACAUUUAAUGUAAGAUUGAAUGAUGCAGUGUUCAUGACUUUGUUGGCGGGACUUCUCCAAAUGGAUUAGAGAAUCCAGAAAGAUUUUCUUAGGGGAUUAUUGUCUGGUGAAGGAAGUGGAGGGCCUUCAAGAAGCACCUCUGCUUAAGUGCUGGAGAGACCUACCCCUACCUGCUCUGAAGCUGGCCUGCUGGUGAUUGGCCAGGCCAUGGGGAAGUUUCUAACAACAGCUGGUACUUCUAAAUCACUAUUUAUUUUAAGAAGAAAAUUAAAUUCUCUGUUACAUUCCACUGUCAGCCCUCUUGGAGUUCCAGAAUGUGUAAAUGCAAGCUUCGUAAAAGUCUCACCAUGUACCAAAUGUUGGAAAAACUGUCACAUGUGUGAACUGAACAUUGUGGUCCUAAUUGAUGUAAAUAUUUCUCAAGUGAUUUGAAAGAGAUGUGGUUUAUUUUUCAUAUUUUCAAAAUGCAUUCCAUUUCAAAUAAACUAUUAAGAUGA